GCGGCAGAUAGUAGUUCUUUUAUAGUUUGGCUGUACGGUUGAGAACUGAUGAAAUUUGUAAAUAAGUGAUUUGUUGACUUUGUAUGAAAUAACUUAGGAUUUGUAACAAUAUAUACGUAUGCAAUUAUGGCUGAUUGUGCAGUAAGAGUUGCAGUUCGUGCUCGACCCCCUCUAAGUGAAAAGAGUGGAAUAUCGAUGAAUUUUCUUCCUGAACCACCAACUAUCAUAAUUCAUGACAGAUCAUUCACUUAUGAUUAUGUUUUUACUCCUGAUAAAUCAAAUCAAGAUAUUUAUGACACUGCUGUGGCAGAUAAGCUUCAAUACAUAUUUGAAGGUUAUAAUCUUACAAUAUUAGCCUAUGGACAGACUGGAUCUGGUAAAACAUACACUAUGGGAACUGAUUAUGCUUCACGAAAAACUGCUACGUUUUCUGAACUUGGAAUAAUUCCUCGAGGUUUGAAUGACAUUUUCUUGGGUAUACAUAAUAAAGUUAACACAUCAGAUUUUGUUGUAAAAGUGUCGUUUCUUGAGGUUUAUCAAGAAGAUGUGUAUGAUUUGUUGAAAAAAACUAAAGAAAUUUUUACUUGCUCAGUUAGAGAGGACAGCGAUGGUAUAAAGGUGCCCAAUUUAACUGAAAUUGUUGUUCAUUCUGCUGAAGAAGCUCUUUCAGCUUUAGAGCAGGGAGCUAGAGCCAGAAGUACUGGUGCAACAGCCAUGAACCUUGUGUCAUCCAGAUCCCAUGCCAUUUUUGCUGUUCACGUAGAGCAGACAGAUCGAAUCACUUUGAACAUAACAAGAUCAAGAUUUCAGCUAGUUGAUCUUGCUGGGUCAGAGCGCAUUGGUCGUAGUAAGACUGAAGGUGUACGACUUAAAGAAGGAAUUAAUAUUAAUCUAGGACUUCUAUCUCUUGGAAAUGUCAUUAGUGCAUUAGCUGAGGGAAAAUCUCACAUACCUUACCGAGACUCAAAAUUGACUAGAUUGCUUAUGGAUACCCUUGGUGGAAACUGCCAUACAUUACUGAUAGCAUGUGUGAAUCCAUCACCUGAGAGCACUGAAGAAACGGUAAAUACAUUACGAUAUGCUGGAAGAGCUAGAAGAAUCAGAAACACACCUGUUGUAAACAAUGAUCCUCCUGAAGUUCAGAUACAGAAAUUAAAAGAUAGGGUCAGAUUAUUAGAAGCGCAGCUAUAUGAGUUACAAAGUACAGGUGUAAUAAAGGACAGUUCUGAAAAUUCAGAUCUGAGAGUAAACAUCAAGACUCUGCAAACCCAGCUUCAGGCUGCCCUAGAAAAAAUUGCUAACCUCAUGGAAAAUAAAAUUCAAGUGGAAGAAAAAUUUGAAAUGCUGGGAGAAAAAAUUAAUGCUUUACAUGAGGAAGUAGUAUUAUGUGUAACUAAUUUAAGUUCAGAACUUGAAGGAUGUCCAAAUAUCAACUCUGCUGUGCAGAAAAUAAAGGAAAGAUGUUUUGAACUUAUGGUGAGUCUUCAUUUAGUUUAA